UUUUUUUUUUCCAUUCACCACUGAACUUUUCUUUUUGUCUCGUCAUGUCUAGUAGAACUAUUCGUCUUGGUUACGUUCCCGAGCAUUUCUCAACUCCUUUGUAUAUUGCUAAAGAACAAGGAUUCUUCCGCGAUAACAAUGUCAAUGUGGAGCUUGUCUGUUGUCCAGGUGGCACUGGCGAAGUAGGUUUUAUAUAUAAAAAAAAAAGUCUAUAUUUUUAAAAGUAGGAUGGUUUCACCUUGUAUUAUCCUGGUUUUUUUUUCUUCUUUAGAUGACUGCCAAAUUGGAAGAUAAAAGUUUGGAUGUAGCAAUUGCUUUGACAGAAGGUCUAGUUGCUGGUAUUAGUAAAGGUCAAGAUUGGUACAAAAUUAUAGGAACAUAUGUAGAUGCACCAUUAUGUUGGGCUAUCUCGACAGGACAAGAAUCACGUCAUCAUUCUGUUGAUAGUUUACAUAAAAGCAAUUGUGGUAUUUCUCGUUAUGGUUCUGGAUCUCAAAUCAUGGCUUACGUAUUAGCAGAUCAACAAGGUUGGUUGAACAACAAGAAAACCGGUGAACAUUCGGAUGCACCUAUGAAUUUUACUGUUCUCAACAAUUUCAAAGCAAUGCGUGACUCUGUCAAUGAUGGAUCUACCGAUUUUUUUAUGUGGGAAUUAUUUACUACCAAACCAUAUCAUGAUUCAAAGGAAGUACGAUGUAUUGGAAAGAUUACACCUCCUUGGCCUGCUUUUAUGUUUGCUGCUCAUGUAGAUGUUUUGGAUGCACCCGAAUUACCUCGUGUUUUGAAUGCUAUUCAAAAGGCCACUACUUUAUUUAUGGAACAAAAGGAAGAUGAAUCAGUGAAACAUAUUAUCCGUAUUUUAGAUUAUCAAGAAGAAGAUGUCCAUAAUUGGUUCAAGACUGUUCAUUAUGCUCCUGAUCAUACUGGAAUCUCUCGACGUGCUAUUCAAGUGACUUUAUCUACGUUGCAAAAGGCUGGUGUGAUUGGUGAAAAGGUGCCUUCCAUGGAUGAUCUCUGUUAUUUGAAAGUAGGUCAACUUAUAGAAUAGUACAAUAACCAUUAUUAUAUUAUAUGUUACUCUCUCCAUAGUUUUUAUAUAAAAAUAAAAAAUGUAUGUUUACUCACUUGUGAUUUGAAUGUUGAU